AAAUGAGAGCUGAGUUUGAAAACCAAGAUCUCUCUGCAGACGUGAACAGCUCACAGAAACUGUCUGGGGCUAAACGGAAGGGAGACCAGAGUGAGCAAGAUUCUUGUUCUAACAAAUUCAGGACCACGGAGACAUCUACUGCGAGGAGAGAGCAGAGCAUUAAACAGUCUUUUGGAAUCGUAGACAAAAGAGAAAGCAGUGCGACUUCCCAAAAUAUGUCACAGUUAAUGAAACAAGUGCAGUCCACAUACAGAAUGGAUUUUCCGCCUGACUUCGAGCAGCUGUGGCGCUUCUGCUGCUCCAUGUGUCCGUCGUGUCCUAAAAAGGCGCUGUUGGACCCCCUUGGGUUUGUUCUCUGUGGCCCAUUCGACCUUCUUGAUGGAAAAACAAUAACAGAUCCCUUACUCCACUGCAGAUAUCACUUGGACCCUCCUGAGUUCCAGACAGUGCUCAAAAUUUCUUCAAGUUCAGACCAAAUGCAUUUCGGCUACUUCAGAGAUGACCCUAACAAGCUGCCAGCGUUUGUGGCCUCCGCCAAACCUGUCAAAGACUGUGUUUUGAGAUACAGUGCCGAUAACUUACUUGAAUUGGUGUACAAAGAAUUGAACUCUAGAAUCUCGAAGCAAAGUGCAAGCAACAGCGUUUCGAGCGAAAGUUUACUACUUAAAUUGAAAGAAAAGUUGGAAGUUUUUGUGUCGAAAUGUGACCCUGUAGUUAGUUUGAACUGCAGAGAAAAGAAUUUGAAAGAUCGCAAACGAAAGUCACAAGGAACAACGUUUCAUAAGUUGGGAAUAUCUGUUCACGUUAAAAACGACAUUGGCUACAGACCAAUCCAUCACGAAGACGCAGCAUUACGUAAACUAAUGCAAAAAGUGGCGCAAUGCGAGUCGCAGCCGGAUCGAGUGGCGGCUUUUGGUCCUCUACACGAGCAGAUCACUUUCGUACAGUUUGCGAAUGACGAGUCGGAUUUUGGAAUGGGAUUGGAACUGGGACUUGACUUCUUCUUGCACGGUGCUGAGUGUUUUCACAAGGCGGCUGCAAAGUUGCUCCCAACAGCCUAUAAGUUUCUGAAACGCGAUUUGUAUGCGGAGAUCAUUGAGAAGCAUCUGGCUAAUCGCGAGAAGGAUCAAGAAAAGAUAGACUUUUCGAUUUAGUUGGAACACUAAUGCCUACAUUGACUUGAAAUUGCAUUCUAAUUUAUCAUUAUUGAUUAUCUGCUUUUUUGCUAAAAUUUACUUUUCAAUAGAUAAUAUUU